CCGUGGGAGCUGAAUAUUUGAACGGGUGGAGGCAGCCAAAAAGUUAGGUGAUCUGCUGCUGCUACUACUACUACUACUACAGUACCGAAUCAGGGGUUAGAAUAUAGAGGCAAGGCAGAGGAGCAUGGGUUGUCACAACAGCAAGGUUUGUGGCCAGAUCUCCCGGGAAAAGAAGAAAAACAAUGUAAAAGAAGGUGAUAAGCAAAUUAAGGAGGUCAUCAGCCUUAAAGAUGGUAAUGGUAUACUCUCAUCUGACAAGCAGAACUCUAGCUUGGAGAAUCGAUUGGAGACUUAUGAUCGGCAGCUAAAGAUACUAAAUGCAGUUUUGAGGGCUUCAGGAGACCAUGAGAGAGACAAGCUCCUCAAUGACCAUCCUGGAGACAUUUGCACAUUGGUCUAUAGCAUUACAGACAAGGUAAAGACUGAGAUAAUGGCUGAUCUAAAUGAUAUUCAUGAAAAUCAGAUGAGGAGCACAUUAGAACAGCAUCAGAGAGCAACAGAAGAGCUACAACGAUUACACAAUGAAGAGAAGAACGUUUUAAAUGAAAUGCACACAGCAACUGAGAAUGCUUUGAAGGACCAGAUUGAAGGGCUGACAUCAGAGCUGAAGCUGUUCAAUGAGUUAAAACACCGAGCUGAGGAGUCUACGCUCAGGAGAGACCUGCAGAGAAAUAUUGAGACUCAUGGCAGCCCUGGUGCAUUCUGGGAGCAGGAGCAGGAGAGCCUGUUAUUUGUCAUUGAAAUGAAGCGUGAACAUUUACAGAAGCAGGGGAAUAAACUGCUGCUCAUGGAAACACUGGUUGAGAAGAAUCUCUCACUGGAGGAUCAGCUCCUGCAUGUUUUACAGCAGAAUGAGGACUUCAGGGUCCGGAUAGACAACUAUCAAAGCCUCAUACAACAACUCUCCAAGGAGCAGAAUGAGCUGCAGGAGGUGCUAGAGAAACAGUCUCUGAAGAACCAGAAGCUCAGCCAGGAGAAAGAAGAGCUACUCUUUAAACUCCUACACCGCAGAGACUCUUCUUCAUUUCACCUUACAUCCAUUGUACCUGCAGAGGUGUUGCCAAGCUGACCACAUAAUUAACCAUGACCUCCGUUUCCUCCUGUGAUCAUGCGGUAUUGAAACUGACUUACAGCAUUUAUCAUUUCAACUGGCAAAACAAAUGUUUGUAUAUUUUUUAUUUUAUAUCAGUAAUGUUUGAUUCCAUUUUUGGAAUAGCUAAGAGAUAUUAGAGCCAAAGACAUAAUUUGAGCCAGAAGCACUUGUUUAUUUAAUUUGAAGCUUUGGGAUCUUUUAAUAUGCACUUGCACUUUUAUAUCAGUGUUUUUAUUUGUUUGAGAGAUAAUGACCCUCGACAACUUUGAGUACCAAUACACUUUCUUCCUACACCUUGCACAGUAUUUUUUUUCUCUCUCUCUCAAUCGUGCAAGUCUUCAGUAAUAGGUCAGUUACUUGGGUCAUUUUCUAAUAAUUUUGGCUUAAAUAGAAAUGUUGGCUCACACAACCAAUAUACAUGUAUUUCUGGCAUAGAGAACAGAGGUCUUAUGUACUUUUACAUUUAUAAUAAUGGUCAAACCAGAAUUUGUGUUCACAACAUAUGGCCUGCUCGCUGCUAAAAGCAUUUCAGAUGCAGAUGAAAUGAGCUUUGUUGCCUGUGUGCCCUUAUUUUUUUAUUACAUUUUUUACCAUUGUGAGACAUUCUAAAAGUUCUGACAAAUACAUAAAUGCCUUUGUUGUAAAUUGUUUCCUGGAAAAUCAAGCAAUAAAAGCUGCAUCUGAGGGACUGGAUUUGUAACUUCAGUGCA